AUCGGGAUCGCUUCAGUCGUUCAGGACAGCUCGAGCGGAGAGCAUCGUGCCAAUUCUCAGCUUCCCGAGUGGAUCGUGUCAACAAAGUAUUACUCAAUUUUUUUUGGCUGCAAAUCAGGAGUGAAGUUUAAGUGUACCAAGAUGCUGGACAAGUCUGUGGUGGGUGCUAGUUGGGAGAGCGUGGUGUCGAGGGAUGACUACGAGAUCGACUACAGUCCGAGUCCGAGAGGGUCUCCGUUGAAGGACACAUCCAACAUCCAGGAGGAUCAGACCUACUGCAUCAGCCGUCACAACCCCAACCGCACCUUCCGUCGAGAAUCAGUCAUUGCCUCUUGGAAGAGUUUGAAGAAAGAGAGAGAGCAAGCUUUGGGAAAAAGGUUUGUCUACGUAGACGCGGAGAACUUCGAAGAUUACUACGGAAGGAACAAGGUUAAGCGUUGCAAGAGCGAGAGGACAGCAGUUAGGACGGACAGUGUCUCCAGAGUCCCAAAGAAAGUCAAAAGGACGUAUUCGGUCCUAUAUAGAUACGAUCCUAAUGAAGAGAAAGUAGUCAAAGAGUAUAAAUACCAACUGCCAAAGGAGCAAGUACCAGUGAUGCCGGUCAGUUCGGCGAUGCACAGGGCCUUUUCGGAACCUUUCCUAUGCCCCGACAGGACACCAAAGAAGAAAGUCAAACGUUCUUUCACCACCCUUCUGAACAUCAAAACGAAGUUCUUAAACAUAUUCACUUCGAAGAGUUAAAACUUCUCCUGUAGUUUUAAUUGGAAUAGUUGCUCAAUUCAAUGCAUUUUCAUUUAAAAUGUAAGAGUUCUCAGAGGAGUUGGAAUUGUGAUCGUUUAAUUUCUAGUCAAAGAUUGGCGUCAAAGGACUGUAAUUAUAUUGUAAUAAUAUGAUUAUUGGAACAUUUUAAUGGCGGUCCAGAGGCUUUGUCGUGGAGUAAUCCGUUUUAAUCCGGAGUUGAACCCUUUUGAGAGCCGUGGCGGGGACAGUACUUUGCUACAUUAUUUAAUGCUUUGUGUUCGUUCCCCUGGCCAGUUUCAAUCCAAAUUUAAUUUAGUAUACGAUAGUAUUAAGUGGUAUUUAAAAUAUGCUUUAUAUUAAAGUUAGUUCUGCGAAAUGGUGUAGGUACACAAAAGAGCUAUUUAAUAUUCUUUGAAAACUUAGUAAUAUUUUCUUUCAGUACAGACUAAUUGUAAUUACCUUAAUUAAGAGAGAAAUUUCGCAGAAAUAAUUAAGUAUAGAAAAUAAUA